CGAGUUGAAGAUCUCUUCGCGCUUGCUGUCGCCUGCACUCCGUCCAUUGGUCUCUCCGCCGAAAAUCCCAAGUUUGAAUUUCUUUGGAUUUUUUUCUUAAGUCGUAACUAGUAAGCAACCGCUAUUGCUUUCCUACCACUCAAAAGGCUUUCCCGAAUCCACUUUUCUCCACCGCAAGCAUAUCGACCCGAUCUUCCAUGGCGAUAACAAAACUCGCAGUUGCCCUUCUCCUCUUCGGUCUCUGCGUCUUCCUUCCUUCAGUUUCAGCGGAGUCCAAGUCCGUCGAUUACUGCAGAAAUGAAAGAAAUUAUGAUGUGAAGGUCAGUGGAGUUGACAUCUCACCUUAUCCUGUGCAAAGAGGCAAAAAUGCAACCUUUAGCAUUUCUGCUGUAACAGAUAAAAGCAUAUCCAAUGGAAAGUUGGUUAUAGAUGUGAAGUACUUCGGUUGGGACAUCCAUAGCGAGACACAUGAACUUUGUUCGGAGACAUCUUGCCCUGUCCCUGCUGGUUCGUUUGUGGUAUCACACUCCCAAGUACUGCCGGGGAUAACUCCCCCUGGCAGCUUCACUCUUAAGAUGUCAAUGGUGGAUGAAGAGAAGCAUGAGUUGACAUGUAUCACCUUUGACUUUACCAUUGGAUUUGGGUUUGUUGCAGAGUCCUAAGCCAUUGGCAGUUGCUACUCCCCCUUAGGAACUCCAUGUCCUUGCCAUUUCAGUCCACUUGCUUUUGUAAAUGAUUUGCCUAUCUUGUCUGGUUUCUCUCCAUAAUUAACAUAGUAAUGUGAAGUGUUCUCAGUUUCCUAAUAUAUUACUACAUCACACAGAUGAUUAUGAACUUCUUUA